AUUUGUAAAUAAAAAAGGAACCUCUCGUUUUCUUCUCUCUCCCGCUUCUUGCUGAGUCGCCGACCCCUCUGAGAAGAAUAAGGUCUAACAAUGGAACUCUGAGAUUGUUUCCCUUCAGUUUCUAAAUUAUAAAAAGAUUAUUUGAUUUAAUUUCUCUUUUUCGCUUGUCUCCUCCUCGAUUGAAAUCAAAAGGAGUUUAAUUUAUGUAUCAAAGCAAAUGAAAGAUGUGGUGAUUCUACUUGAGCUGUAUUGAUCAUGAUGAGCAAAGGGUAAAGGAAAGAGUUCUGUUCUUCGUUUUUAAUAGCUACGAAUUUUUUAAGAAAUGGCGUAUUCUGCUGUUGUUGGGUUUCGAAAGGUUUCAGCUUUGGGGAUUGCUCGUGUUCUUCAAGCUGAUAAGGGAAGUUUGUGGCGGUUUCAAUUGGAAACUGAGUUUGGUGAGGUUUUGAGAUUAGGUUUAUUGACUAGGAACUACAAAAAGAACUCUGGACCCCCAAAGUUCGACUUCACAGGGACGGAAGCUACCUCAAAGUUCGAUUUCACUGAUCUCACCUGUCCUCAUACAUGGUAUCCAAUUGCUCGGAAGAAGAAGCGUAAGGUCAUUCUACAUGUUGGCCCGACAAACAGCGGGAAGACAUAUAGUGCCCUUAAGCACCUUGAGAAGAGUUCUUCAGGUGUAUAUUGCGGUCCGUUAAGGUUGUUGGCAUGGGAGGUAGCUAAACGUUUAAACAAAGCAAAUGUUCCAUGUGAUUUGAUCACGGGACAAGAGAAAGAGUUAAAGGAAGGGGCAACACACAAAGCUGUGACUGUUGAAAUGGCUGAUGUUUCAUCUGUUUACGAUUGUGCCAUCAUUGACGAAAUUCAGAUGGUGGGAUGUACACAAAGGGGAUUUGCAUUUACUCGUGCUCUACUUGGAAUCGCGGCGGAUGAGCUACAUUUAUGUGGCGAUCCUGCUGUCGUACCUCUUGUUGAAGAUAUACUGAAAGUGACUGGAGAUGAUGUCGAGGUUCAUACAUAUGAGAGGCUUUCACCAUUAGUCCCUUUGAAGGAGCCUGUUUCAUCAGUUUCCAGUAUUAAAACUGGGGAUUGUCUUGUCACCUUUUCCCGGAAAGAUAUAUAUGCAUAUAAGAAAAUAAUUGAACGUGCGGGGAACCAUCUUUGCUCUGUGGUUUAUGGUUCAUUGCCUCCCGAGACUCGCACGGCACAGGCAACAAGGUUUAACGACGAGACCAAUGACUUUGAUGUUCUUGUUGCCAGUGAUGCGAUUGGCAUGGGUCUUAAUUUGAAUAUUUCAAGGAUUAUCUUCUCAACCCUUCAAAAAUUUGAUGGUACCGGGACCAGAGACCUAACAGUAUCUGAGAUUAAACAAAUUGCAGGGAGAGCUGGCCGAUUCCAGUCAAAGUUCCCUAUUGGUGAAGUAACUUGUUUGCGCAAAGAAGAUCUUCCGUUGCUCCACGCGUCUCUCAAGUCUCCUUCACCUCUUCUUGAGCGUGCUGGACUAUUUCCAACAUUUGACCUCCUGUGUAGGUAUUCCCUAGCACACCCCAAACACGGGUUGUACCAGAUAUUGGAACACUUUGUGGAAAAUGCUAAGCUGUCUUCAAACUACUUCAUCUCUAAUGUUGAAGACAUGAUGAAAGUUGCCGCUAUUGUUGAUGAAUUACCCCUCGGAUUGCAAGAGAAAUACCUUUUUGUGGUUAGUCCAGUUGAUGUGAAUGACGAAAUUUCAGGUCAGGGACUUGCACAGUUUGCUCAAAACUUCUCAAAGGCAGGCGUUGUGAGACUGCGGGAGAUACUUGCACCCGACAGAGUUAAGGUUCCCAAAACACCAACAGAACUCAAGGAACUUGAAUCCAUUCACAAGGUUUUGGAUCUGUACGUUUGGUUAAGCUUAAGGCUAGAGGAUUCUUUUCCUGACCGCGAAGUAGCAACUUCGCAAAAGUCAAUCUGCAAUUUAUUGAUUGAGCAAUUCUUAGAGGGAAAUAGAUUAAACUCUUCUGCCCGCGUCUCACGACAUCUAAGGCGACAAAAAUUCUGAGAAUACACUUCAAGCGUGGUUCGACGAUUUUCUUGUUCUGUUCGUUGGUUUGGUCACUAAGGAAAAAUUGAAGACAAGUGACUGUACCACAAGAUCUUAGCACUACUUGAUAAUUGUUAUUUAACGGUAGAUAAACCAUUUGAUUUAUUUGUUUAUUUUAUCACUUCGUUGAAGCAAUGACAUGCUUUGAGAUGUAAGAGAUAUAACGCAUGCAUUCCAUAAUAUUGUUUUUAUUUAUAUAGUCAUGCUGUAA